UGCCAUUUCCAGGCUGUGCUGCUUUGGUAAUAUUUGAAUCUAGUUAGGAGUCAAGAACAGGGUAUUGGUAAAGAUGAAUGUGAAUGCUAAAGACAUUAUCUGUGUUAUAUGUACGCAUGUGUAUUUUCUCAUGGAAAAUAGCCAUAAGUCUCUUAAUGCUGAUCUUAUCAAAGGAACAGAAUGUAUUAGAGUAAUUUUUCAGUGACUAUGUUGCUAAUUUUAUGUUGUUUCUGAAAGAGUUUUCAAAGGCGGACAAACACCUUUGUAAGUCGCCAGGUGAAGACCUUUUUAUUCAAAUGUUAUUUUAAUUGUUAAUAUUAUUUAUUCAUUUUAUUCUUUGGCCAGGGUGACUUAAUUUAUAUUGUUAAUUUAUAUUGUUUUAUUGAAUUUUCGGCGAAUGGGGCGGCAUAGAAGUCGCCUAAAUAAAUAAUAAAUAAAUAAACAGGUGUCUUGAGAGAGCUUGUCUGUAAAGUUCAGAAACUCGUGGCAAAGGUACCAGUUAAAAGCAUGAUGUGAUGAAUCUCUUCAUCUAGUGGCUGAAAUGUAUAAGGAUGCAAUUUCUAACAAAGUGUGUAUGGGUGUUGUUGUGGUGGGUGCUGCAAGUGGAUGAGAAGGCGCUUGACAUUUUUGAGUGGGCUCUGUAAAUGUUGAUGCAUUUGCAGUCACCAAAAAGAGUUCCUGUGAUAUGUAACAAGUAAUACUAGCUUUUACUUUGCCUAUGAGAUAUUUUGUUAAGACAUGAUCAGAUAUGUCUCAGCCUACCAGUCAGAUGGUCUGUCCCCUCCAUCCCCCCACCCUUACUAUGCACCCCAGCAGCCUCCACAAGCAAAAUCCUAUUUUUUACUCUGAUGUUCCCCUGUCAGUCUCAGCUGCCUCUUCUUGACUGGUCCGCUGAGGUUUUGAGCCAGGUUCUCCUUCUUUUGCUCCCUGAUUGUACCUCCACCUCUAACACUUUUUAGCCAAUCCAGCUCUCAAAGCCUUUUUUAUAACGUGAUUCUUUUGUGAUUCUCUCAUCUUCCCCUGUGCAUUUACUAGCCUUCUCCCUGUUGCAGAAAGAUGAUGGGCACCAUGCUCAGACAAUGGGAACAAAGUUUGACAUCUACAGGAAGGUGCCAAAAGAUCUUACACAGCCAACUUUUACAGGAGCAAUUAUCUCUGUCUGCUGCUGUUUCUUCAUAUUGUUUCUCUUCUUGUCUGAACUGACUGGAUUCAUAGCCACUGAAAUUGUUAAUGAGCUCUACGUGGACGAUCCAGACAAAGACAGUGGUGGCAAAAUAGAAGUUAAUUUGAACAUCAGCUUGCCAAAUCUGCACUGUGAAUUGAUUGGAUUAGAUAUUCAAGAUGAAAUGGGAAGACAUGAAGUUGGCCAUAUUGACAACUCAAUGAAAAUUCCUCUGAAUAAUGGAGAUGGAUGCAGGUUCGAGGGUCAUUUCAGCAUCAACAAGGUUCCAGGUAAUUUUCAUGUAUCCACUCACAGUGCCACAGCACAGCCUCAGAAUCCUGACAUGACACACGUCAUCCACAAGCUCUCCUUUGGUGACAAGUUACAGGUACACAACAUCCACGGAGCAUUUAAUGCAUUGGAGGGUGCAGAUAAGCUUGGUUCAAACCCCCUUGCAUCCCACGAUUAUAUACUGAAGAUUGUUCCCACUGUGUAUGAAGACAUGAGUGGCAAACAGCGGUACUCAUACCAAUAUACUGUAGCCAAUAAGGAGUAUGUCGCAUACAGCCAUACAGGGCGUAUCAUUCCAGCCAUCUGGUUUCGCUAUGACCUGAGUCCCAUCACAGUGAAAUACACAGAAAGGCGACAGCCCUUGUAUAGGUUUAUCACAACGAUUUGUGCCAUCAUUGGAGGAACAUUCACUGUGGCUGGGAUUCUUGACUCCUGCAUUUUCACCGCCUCUGAAGCCUGGAAAAAGAUCCAACUAGGGAAGAUGCAAUAGCAAAACAGCUCUUAUCCCAGUCCUUUGGAGAAAAACAAAAAAUGAGAAAUCCACUGCUAUCUGUUGUUUGCCUUUGUAUCAGUUUCAAUUGGUAUAACUCACCUGUCAGUUCACUGAAAACUUUUUAAAGGAACAAAAAUACCCCCAAAUAAAUGAUAUCAGCAUUAACAAGGGGGGUGUGGUUCUGCAUGUUCCUGUCGCUAAAAAUAUUUUUAAGGUCACUUAUUAUGUUUAAUAAUCAGAUCCUAUGGAUCUGACUAGGUAUAAUUAUUUUCAAAACCUCACAGGUACUGAAACUUAGUUAUGACUAACUUUGCAGAUCAGAUUUUCUCUCAAAGGUAAUUGGCCAAUUGUGCUUUAUGAUAAAACUGUGCAUUUAAAAAGGCCAAACUAGUCUGACCAGUCAGAAAAACUGUAACAACAGGCUGAUUGAUCUGCUGUGAAAUAAUUGUUCUUGGUGUGAAUAAGAACAGGUUAGAAGAUAGGACACCACGAUCUUUUUGGUGGUGCCUGAAAAGUUCCCCAUUGUAAGCAUGCACAUUCCCUGAAUGACACUAUAAAAUAGGAUUAAGCAUAAUCAGUACCUGAUUUCUCCAGUGUGAAUAUAAUUAGGAGAGUCUUACUUCCUUUAUUCUCCAGAGAUGUUAAAGUAUUUUAAUUCCUUCUAGCAAUUGAAUACCCAGUCUUAGUGUUUACAGAUGGCAAAGAGUAACAGAAAGGUGGAAUAAAUGAAUGAAGAGUAUAAUAAGCUACCUUUGGAUAUAAAGGGGCAUAUCGAUCUUUCUCUACAUUUCUGUGAUUUUCUCCUGCCAUUUGAAAUACUUGCCAGCCAGCUGUCCAGGUUAGAACUUUUGAGUUGAAGGAAAAUUGAAAAACUACUCUAGAAAGCUGGGCAGAUGAGCUUCUUUUUAAAGACAUGGAGUAUUGCAGGAUGCAGAAGUGCAAGACCUAGCCCACAGUAUGAGGAAUCCAAAUCCUUUUUCAAUGGUUUGUUUAUCCUUAAAAUAAUUUAGAUUGCUAACUUUUGCAAAAAUGACAGCUACAGCAGCAAGAGCAUAUUAUUUACUGAUUCAUAGGUAAUAGGUAGAACACUGUGAAAAGCAGGACAGGGUUUGCUAUACAGACAUUUUCCUACUGAUGUAUUUCAAUCUUAAGUAUGAAACGCAAGUUUGCUCAAGCCUGCAGUGAGUGAUGAGAAAGGAAAAAUGCUGCGCAAUGUAGUUUCUAAUAUGCUGUUGACACUGGUUCAUACGAUAAGACCAACCAGUUUUCAUAGACCUCAAAUAGAUCUUUAUGAACCAACUGAUAAUUAAUGCAUGCUUUGUACAUUUUAAAUGACCUAGGAUAGCAUAUACAUCAGCUGUGUGCUCUCUAGGUUUUGCUGCCCUUCUUAAACACUAAGAAUGUCCAUGUUUCAAUUUUGAAAAGAAGGGUGUUAUGCUACUGUUGGCAUAACAUGUGUAGGUAGGUUUAUCUUCUUCAGAUUUGGAAGUGACACAUCAAUAGACUAUGACUAAAGGAUUUGGGCUUGGAAGUAUUCCCUGGUGCAAGUUUAUGCCACUUGAUUUGGAAGUAAUGCCACUGAGUUCCUUGUGGUUUACUCCUAGGUAGGCAAAUAUAGAAUUGCAUUCUCAGUCUGCCCAGUAUGUCUGUUGAAAUUUUCACAGUGUUACGGUAUAGGGAAGAUAGUCACAUUUUCUCUUACUAAAUUUUUGCUCGUUGGGUUACCAUCCCUUUCUUUUCUGAUUUCUCCCAGUCUUUUUACAGUGUAAAACAUCUUUAAAUUUUACCCCUACUUUUAAUAUGAAAUGAUUUAUUAUCUUGGUGUAAAACUGGAUCUUGAAAUUUCCUGUAUCUUGUUUAAUAAUUGGAUAGAUUUUAUACAUUUUUUCAUUUGCAAAAAUCAAGUUGAAAAUAAUACAUGUGUGUUCAUUU